UAGGCAAUGGCGGCCUAUUACAUGCCCAAUACAUUAUUAGAUGAAUGCUCUAAAAUUAAUUAUUAAAGGUUUGGGAGAAUAAGAUUUUAGACGCUGAAGAAUACUUAUCCUUAUUGAAAUGGAUAAAGAAAAUAUUGGUAGAAUUCCCAGGGAAUUGUUGCACGAACAACACGAAAGGCUGUCAAACAAACACAUCCAAACGCUCAGUUUCCUACAAGAAUUGGCAAAUGAAAACAAAGUUUUGAAAGAAAGAGUAAAGUUACUGGAGGUAUAUUUCAUGUUAAAUAACUGAAAAUAAAAAUAAACUAUCUGCCUACACAAGCAUUCUAUUAUGUUUCCCGCCUUUCAGUAGGAUUGGCCUGGUUUUAGUUGUAGACACCAUAAAUUGCCAUAAAAUGUCCAUAAUAAUUAUUAAUAUCAUAAUCGUUAGGCUUUGGAAAAGUUCGCCUUUGUCCUACAAUAUAGACUACAUCACCAUAGAAAAUUCAUACAUUUUUACCAGUGGCGUAGGAAGGGUGGUACAGACGGGGUGGCAAUGCUUUUUGUUAUGUGAAAGUGAAAGGUUGGCGGGUUGGCAUUUUCAGCAAAUUGUCAAUUGCAUCCAUAAGGCAUAAUAGUUUUUGUUUUGUGGAAUGGGGUAGAAAAUAAGACACACCCCAGAGAGCACUAAGCCUAGCGAUGCCACUGGUUAUUACAAUUAGUAAUAACAAUAAGAAAUUACAAUUAACAUAGAUGUAAAUAUUUUUUAAAAAUAACUUAAACAUGAUUUACUUUGAUAGAUUAUUCACUAGUGUCUUAAGCCAAGAAAAUUUGAAAAACUUCAUUUUAUUUGUCUCUCCUGUCAAGUUUGCUAAAAUUUAUAAGGGAAAAUAAAUAGGGUGCUAGGCACCAAAAAUAAAUUAUAAACCAAUGGAGCUCAUUUUAUACUAACCAUUAGUUAUAGUAUAGGAUAGAACUAGAGCAGGAAAAUGCUAAGCCAGCUUUAAUUUUAAUAUUUAUUUAUUAGAUCCUUAUAAAUUUGUAUAAUAAUGUGAAGAUUUUAUUAUUUUAAGGAAUCAUUAGGAGAGUGUAAAGACUUACAUGUGUUUGCCAAGAACAGCAAUGCAGAAAUUCAAAAUAUAAAAGAGGCAUAUGUGGCACGUGCAAAUGAAAUUAAAAAGAUGUCAGAUAGACACAGGCUUGAGGUAUAAGUUUAUGAAAUGGUAAUUUUAUUUUUUUAAGCAUACAAAUUUGUUCUUUCACCUUAUACAAUUAAAUCAAUACUUCAUUAAAAUACCUCCUUUUUCAUAUAUAAACUAAUUGGGUGUAAUCAUUUUUAAAUCACCAUAGUUGAUGCAGAUGGAAGAGACAAAAUCUGAAUUAGAGAGAGAGCUUAAAGAACAGAUACUGAAGGUUAGUUACUACUAACAAUAUUUGGAACAUUAAUCUUAAUUCCUUUAUUUUUUGUACAGAUAUAUAAGGCUAAGCAAUAAUCAUCAUUAUCCCUUAUUUAGUAUUCUCCCAUUUGUUUGUGUUGGAGUAGAGGAAAUAAACUUGACAUCUUUUGCUAACUAUUUUAUUUGUUAUCAUUAGGUUUUAUAUUAUGUAUAUUGUGGAGAGGUUUGUUAUUAUCUUUAUUGUGAAGAGAAAAUAUUUGCACACCAAGCACACUUAAAUGGAUUAGUUCACAUUUCUUUGAUAGCUGGGAUUAUUUCAGGCAAAGCAAGAAAUCAUUUGCAUAUUUAUUAGCCUUGUCUUAGAAAUGUUAAAUUGUAAUUUUUUUUGUGUGCAUUUUUCUUCACAAAGUCAAGUUUAUUGUUUCUAUCUAUAAAAUUCUUGGGAUAAAUAUGGCGAUGUAGAUCAACUAUUAAACUUUGAAAUCUUGAACAGAAAGAAAUGUUACGUCACUGAGUUUGAGAUAAUUCCACAACCAAAUCUAAUAUUCUUCACAACAAAUUUUGUAAACUAAUCACAAAGGCUACGCAAUUAAAUUUUGCUAUCAGUUCUAGAAUAAAACUAAAUAUGAUUUUUAUUACAUAGGCUUAUGCGAGUUGGAUUAUUUCUAUAAUACAAUAUAAAAACUUAAAAAGUAACUUUUUGGCUUAUUAUUAUGAAAUGCUGUCAUUUAACUUUGAUCUCUUUAUCAAAUUUUGCUUGGCCUUAUUAAAUUACAAGAUAUAAUAAAGUUAGGCAAACAUUAGAGCAAUCCUGAACAAGUAUUAAUUUAAUGUUAAAAAUGAUAAGCUAGCAUACAUUUUCUAAUAAUUCUUGACAGUCUUUAAUCUUGAAUUAUAAAUGGUUUAUCUAUUAUAUAUAUAAAAAACAUUUCUUCAGGAAAGAGUUCUAUGACCUGCUCUCUUACUCAGCUUUAAAUAAAUUAUUGCAAUUUAAUUCUUUAAAUUUAUUUGAUAGAUGCAUCAAGAAAUUGAAGCUCUUAAAGAAGCAAAUGCAGAUUUGAGAGAAACUGCAGCAGAGGAGAAGAAUAAUGAUAGAAAUCAGAAUGUUCAGGUAAAGUAAAUGCAUUAAAAAAUUCAAAGCAUAAUAAAUGAUUAUGUCUCUUUUGAUAAAAUUUUUAUGUACAGCGCGGUGAGCCCAGCCCUAGGCUGGGGUACCACGCUAUAUGAGACGUCUAAUUAUUAUUAUUAUACUUUUUAUUUUAAAAAAAUGAUGUGAAUAUAACAGGUGUAGAAUUAGAUGUCUUUUUAAAAAAAUAUAUAUAUAUGCAGAACUGAUUACCCCUACAUAUCUAAAAUGAUUUUCAAUAAGCAAUGCAAAACUCAUAAAAUUAAAAUAUAACUAUUUUUUAAAUUACAACAAAAUCAGAUUCUGCAGAAGGAAAAUGAAGAUUUGUCAGGAGAAUUAGAAAGUGUGCGCAGUGACCUGAAAAUAUUUCAGUCAAAGAAAGCUAGUGAAAUGUCAAAAUUACAAGAUCUUAAAGAAGAAAACAAACUUCUGAAAGAAAACUUACAAGAAAAUCAGCAGAAAGCAAAUGAAUUAGAAUUUAGGCUUGAUAAGGCUCUUGGUGAACUCUCAGAGAAGUCAAAAAAUGAGGUUAGUUGUUUCGUUUUGUUAAAAAAAAACUAUUUAGAGAUUGUGUGUUGUUAAAAAUAAAUUAAAAAACCCCUAAAAAAAGUUUUUCGUAUAAAUCCUAAAUAAAAUGUAAUAUUGAGCAGAGCAAUGGGGAAUGAUAAUGCAACAAAAACUUGCAUACAAGUAAUGCACUUUAUAAAAACCCUCAUUAGUGCUCCUCUCCCCCCCCCCCCCCCCCCCCCCCCCCCCCCCCCCCCCCCCCGCGGCUGGCAACUGCACAUUUUUUGUAACACCCCUAAACCAUAUUAAUAUUUUAAUACCCUGCUCGCUUUUACAGCACAGAUUUAUUUCACCAAUUAUUUCAGAAAAACAAAAGAAAAUAUUACACACUAAGAGCACUUGCGAGAUUUGUUUUCUAAAAAUCUUAUUCAUCUGGCGCAGUUAUCGGGAAUUUUCCCUCAUGUUCCCCUUGAAAAACUGAUUUUUGGGGGUUGGGCUGAAACUUUUUAGAAUGUAUUGUCAUCAGCAACAAGUGUAUGUGCCAAGUUUCAGCUUUAUAGGUUGACGGUAAGUGGGUCAAUUAGCUGUCCGAAAAUUUUUGCUAGCCACAAACAAAAGCAAAGUUAAUAUAAAGGUUUUAAAAAAGUAAAAUGAUUGCCUCUAUGCAGAAAGCGAAGCAAUUUAUAACAUAUUUAAAUACUUAUGAAAAUCUUACAUUGUUAGUUUUAGGGGUAAAAAAAAAGAAAGAAAGAUCAUUCAUGAGAUUCAGGGUAAUGCGACAACAGAAGAGCUGUGGAUGAAAUUCAAGACAACAAUCACUGAUGCAGUGAUGAAAUUCAUACCACACAAGACCUCAAAACCUAAGACAAAUCAACCAUGGGUUACGGCUGAAAUCCAAAGGCUCAUACACAGGAGAGACCGCCAGUACAAACGUAUGAAGAAGAAUGGGUCGGUCGAACUAAAAGCCGAAGUACUGAGGCUCCGAAGAACCAUCCAACGCUUACUGCGCAGAUCCUACUGGAACUACCUGAACGGCAUCUUCUCAGAGGAAGAUACUACCGCCAAGAACAAGCGGUUCUGGAGCUAUGUCAAGCAUCAAAGGUCAACAAACAUCGGAGUUUCCCCCCUGAGAUGGGAAGGCAAGUUGACGUCUGAACCCAAAGAACAGGCGGACAUACUCAAUCAACAGUUCCAGUCGGUCUUUGGGGAUGGUAGAGAGUACUCAGAAGUUGAGUUCCUGCUGAAGACCAAGAUGAUGAGCACAGCCUAUCCCACCAUGGAAGAUAUCAAGAUCUCAGAGAAGGGUGUGCUGGAACUUCUUAAAACCAUUAACCCCUUCAAGGCAUGUGGUCCUGACAACAUCAAGCCACGAGUGCUAAAAGAAUUGGCCGAAGAAAUCGCUCCUGCAUUAACAAUCCUUUUCCAAUCGUCGCUAUUCACAGGCAAAGUUCCAACUGACUGGAGAACAGCGUAUGUCACUCCGAUCUACAAAAAAGGAGAACAUUACGACCCAGCCAAUUACCGCCCUGUAUCCCUCACUAGCGUAGUAUGUAAACUAUUGGAACACAUAAUCGUAAGCGCGGUCAUGAAUCACCUGGAGAGAAAUAAUAUACUCAAUGACUGUCAGCAUGGCUUUCGAGUCAACAGAUCAUGCGAGACCCAACUCCUUGAAUUUGCUGAAGAGUUGACGACCAACUUGGAGAACAGCAAGCAGACUGAUGUGCUUGUGCUGGACUUUUCAAAAGCGUUUGACCGUGUCAACCAUAGCUUGCUAUUACACAAACUGCAUAGAUAUGGGAUCCAAGGCACUACCAAAACAUGGAUCUCUAGCUUCCUCAGCGACCGAUGCCAGGCAGUAGUGGUAGAUGGCAAAACCUCCUCCUUUGUCGGUGUUAAGUCAGGGGUCCCCCAGGGCUCAGUGCUAGGCCCUUGUUUGUUCCUAGCAUAUAUCAAUGAUCUGCCAGAGAAGCUGACCUCUCAAGCAAGACUGUUCGCAGACGACACGGCGGUAUAUAGGACAAUCGUCAACAGCUCUGACCAGAGCCAGCUUCAACAAGACCUCAAUCGGUUAGCUGAGUGGGAGAUGAGCUGGGACAUGGAAUUUCAUCCCGUCAAGUGCCAGACCCUGUCAGUCUCCAGAAGCAGGUUCCCUCUAAACCACUCUUACGAACUGCAUGGCCAUAUUCUUGAGCCAGUUUCCUCCGUAAAGUACUUGGGUGUUACCAUCCAAAGAGAGGUCCGCUGGGACGAGCACAUUAACAGUGUGUGCAACCGGGCAAACAAGACCCUGGGGUUCCUAAGGCGCAAUCUGAAGAUCGGCAACUCAAGCGUGAAAGAAAAAGCCUAUAAAGCCUUUGUCCGACCUAUUUUAGAGUACGCUUCUACAGUCUGGGACCCAUUUACCCAGAAAAGCAUUUGUACAAGAUAACAAAUGGGCUGGUGCACUGCUCCGGAAUCAAACAGAAACUCGUUCAUCUUCCCCCCAGACUGCGACGAAGUCACGACAAACAGUUCCGGCUGGUAAAAACAAGAACAAAGUACAGAAGCUCCUCAUUCCUGCCGAAGACAAUAGGGGACUGGAACAAGCUUCCAAAAGCAACAGUUGAGGCGGCUACACUCGAGACAUUUGUGUCUAUUGCCUCCUGUAUUCCAACCCCCAGUUCAUAACACCACUGCUGAGUCGCCCUUGCAAUCAGUGAAGUAUCCCAUUGAAACCCAUGGACAGUAACAUUGCAAACCCCUCUGAAACAUAGGAGCCAGAAUGAUCAAUUCAUUGAUCGUGGGCCCUUAAAAUAAAGAAGACAAGAAGACCAUUUUUCUUAGGUGGCGCCACAAUGUUUUUAGGACUGACUUUGAAAAUUUAGCCGUUCGGUAAAUAUAUUCAACAACCAAGUUGACUUGGCAACCUGCAUUUGUCUGUGACUCUUUAUCAUAAUUUUUUUUUUGUUGAGUAUCAUGAAAUAUUCAACUUCCAGAUAAAAAGUAUUUCCUUAAAUUUAUUUUUAAACUUACAAUCUCAACAUUUUAAUCCCUAUUACUAAAGAAUGUAUUCACAUAAUACAAAUUCAGUUUUUGAGAUUUCCAAUUUUUAAAAAUAGUAAAUUCUUGAUGCUAAACUUAAAUAACAAGUGUUAUGAUUUAUCCAUUUUUAAUUUUCUUUUUUUUAUAAAGGAAGCAGCGACCCUAUUAGAAAACUUAAAGUAUCAAAUAAAAGAACUUAAACUUGAAAGAGAAGACAGAAUCAAGUUUGUGGAACAGAUGAAACUGGAUUUUAGAGACUUACAGGAUAUAAAAACUGAGAUCAUGCAAGCUAACCUUCACCUUCAGUCUGAGCUCGAGAACUUGCUGGGUGAAUAUGGCCAGUUGUCACUGGAAUAUGACAAGUUACGAAAACAUUCUAAAAUGGUGCAGGACAAUAAGACUUUCAAAGAUUUUGUUUUAUUGAAACGUGAGUUGGUGUCUUUAAAAGAUGAAAAUGAAGUCCUGAAGUUGAAAACACGGCCAAAUGAUUUUCUUCUUUUGAAAGAAGAAUUUUUGCCACAGCCUCCUCUAAAACCUCAGAAAAAGAAUUCCUUGGAUGUAACCAGAAGUGGCGCGAAAAGGUUGCUUUCAAUAACUUCAGGGCAGAGUGCUUCAUGAGCUGCAACAUUUCAUUCAUUGUGGGAAAAAUGUUAGUUGCACUGUUCUACAUUCAGGGAAUGCAAAAACAUUUUUAUUCAUUUAAAUUCCAUGGAAAACAGCCAACUGGUGUAUUUUCGACUGUUUUACUAUUGUACUCAAAUUAUGAACAGAUACGUAUUGACUUCUCUAAUGACUUCAGAUGAUUCUUGAUGUCUUAGAGCAAUUGAAUUUAUUUGUAUUUUCUGAGAAUCUUUAACUGUAAAAUAUAUGUUUGAAAAGAAUGCUGGUGUCUCCUUUCUGUCAAAAUUUGUAUUCAGCUCAGCUGAACAAUGCAAGACUUACAAUAUUGCUAAUUAAUUUCAGAAGUUGGAUAGUAACCCAUAUGGCCUAAUAAUGGGAUGUGUAGUCCUGCAUUAAGUGAGUCUAAGCAUCAAGUGAGUCUAACUCAUCAUUAUAACACCAGUUUGAAACUUCUAGUAAAAUUCUUUUUGAAGGUUGUUGUUUCCUUCAAAGAACACAGUUUGUUCAAUUCAGUCACAUUGUGCCAUAUUCAGGUUUUCAAUGUUCACCAAAAAUUUAUUUAUAGC